GCGUAGUUUGAACAUGUCGAAGUGUUGAACACCUGAAUUUUUGAAAACUGUAUCGAGCCACCUUAAGAAAUGUUCUUUUCAUAUUUGUCUGCGAUCAUUUCUCGUACAUUCAUUAUUGCAGUUUCAAUUUUAACAUGUAUAUAAGUGCUGUUAAAAGUGGUAACGUUUUUCUUACAUUUAAUGCAAUGCAAUUGCUUUACUAUUCAACAUAGUGUACAACAAUAAGGAUAAGGUAGCUUAGAAGUGGUGUAUAUUUGAAAUAUCACACCAAUGUGAAUUUUUUUCAGUCAGACAUGCAUGCGUCGUCAGAAAUAAAUUGAAGUCUUUCGCUUUUCAAAUUCACUUUUCAAAGUUAAAUAUACGUAUACAAACGUUGAUUGAGCUAUAUUUUGCUCAAACUAAUAUUUAAUUCUUAAUAUUUAAUUAAUCGACAUUUAUUAAUACUAUUUAAUUCUCAAUAUUCUCAAUAUUUAUACAUUCGGUUGUCUUCAGCUAGAAAUCAGUGACAAAGGUUGGGAGUCGCAUUAAAUCUCGGCAGAAAUUAUGGCAGAGAAUAAAGAUUCAAAGAUGACCUAUCAUGUUGAUACAAAUUAUUGCGAAUAUGUUCUUAUUGGAGACAACAUUACAGUAAACGUUUACUCGCAAAAAGGUAAAACAAUUCGGUUUAAUUGACGCCAGUAAUGUGAGACAGAAAGGGCAUUCACUCGGUUCGCUAUGUCCCUGCGAAUUUUACAGCUAAUAGUAUAGUGCCUGGCGUUUUUGAACUGUUAAAAAUGGCAACAGUAUUAUCCUCUUAAGUCUUAAUAAUGUAAAGCUUACUUUACUUUUUCAUAUUAUUCUGACACUGCAAUCGACCAACGAAAAAUUCGUUGGCUCGAGCGGGAUUUGAACGGGUAGAGCGGCGGUCUGGAUACCCGAAGAUGCGAGUUCAAAUCCCGCUCGACCAACGAAUUUUUCGUUGGUCGAUUGCAGUGUCAGAAUAAAAUGAAACUGGCUUUUCGCCAGUCUCUGAGGAUGGUUCUGAAAUAUAAUUCUCAAAUUCAUUAAUAAUUCAUGAGCAAUUCAGCCAAUGAUAAUCACCCUAUUUGAUCACAAGAUGCCAUUUGGAUACUUGAUGAAAGUCACUUCAUCAAAUACCUUAAUUACGCAUGCAAAUUACUUAAAUAGAAUUCCUAAUUACGUUAUGCUUGGUUAAGAAUUCUAUUCAAAUCAGCAAACGAAAACAUUCGAGCUCGUGUCUCACCGGGAUAUCCAAACACUCGAAAACAAUGUAUGAAAACACUCCGCGCUUCGCCCUCGUGUUUUCAUACAUUGUUUUCUCGAUAUCCCGGUGAAACACUCGCUCUCGUUGUUCAUAUAUUAGAGACCUUACGAUUUUAGGACGGCAACGCGACGGCAACGGCUACCAAUACAAUAGAUCAUUGAAAAGAAUUGAGUAAUUACAAUAUAUGAAUUAUUUAGACAUUGUCCUCGCUCUGUUUACAACGCCAAAUCCCAGAUUUUCACGUGUUGAUACAACGGCUGCAUUCCAAGACACAACAAGUGCAACUUCAAACUGGGUUUAGCAGAACUCUUCCCAACCAUAAAACCCAUGUCUUCAACUUCUAAGACUGUAUUAAAUUCAUACGAUUGAUAAUAUACCACGAACUAUAUUUACUACCAUUUAUCAGUUGAAGGAGUUUGUUUUGGCCGUCGUCGUCGCGUUGCCGUCCUAAAAUCGUAAGGUCUCUAAUUACUUGAAACACUGCGCGUCCUCUAAGACAAGCGUUAAGUCGUCACGAAAAUAUUUCGUGCACUUAAAUUGGAUAAGACUCGCUACCAAUCCCCGUUGACUCGAUAGCUCAAUGGGUAGAGCGGCGGUCCAACGAUGGCUCUGGGUACGAGAUUGGCGGCGGUCUAGAUACCCGAAGAUGCGAGUUCAAAUCCCGCUCGAGCCAACGAAUUUUGCGUUGGUCGAUUGCAGUGUCAGGAUAAUAUGAAACUGGCUUUUCGUAUCUCUGAGGAUGGUUCUAUAACAAACGUGCUUGCAGGGAGGCGAGUCCGGGAUUGGACGCACCGAGGGUGGCUGGAAGUUUCCCGGUUUUUCUUCAGUCUCAGUAGGUUAGUCACCGAAAAAAGUUCUUUAAAGUUGUGGUUUAUGGCGGCUAAAUCGUGUCCGCCAUAUUUGUUUAUAUUUGUUAUUGCAACGUAAGCAGUUUCGCGGGUGAGUUCGGGCAAAAAGCAGGUGAGUUCGGAAAAAAACAGGUGAGCUCGACGACAAACUCACCUGCUCUAAACCAAUCAGAAAGCCGCUUUUAACACAGGUAUGGGAUAAUGAAAAUUACUUUAUUUUUGCUUACUUUACUUUAAUUUGUUUCAGGUGGAGAACCGCAGUUUAUAAUUGCAGUCGCAUCGGAAGAAAAGGAACCCCCAGAUACAGGGAAGGCAAGUCAAGAAAUGGACGCUAGACGGAAAGAAAUCUAUAAAAGCAGCUCAGUUUUGGAAGAAUCUAAAGAUAAAAGUCAUCCUGCAGUUUUUGAAACAACAGUCAAACCUCAAGCAGGUAUUUCAACUUUUGGGUAAAUAUCAGAAUUUUGGGCAUCUCACUCGAUACUAAAUGUUGAUGAAAAUAUCGAGUGUAAAUUUUUAUACAUUUAUUAAGACCUAACCAAGAACAGCUAGGGAAAAUGCAACUACAGGCCCUCUGGCAGGAAUCGAACCUGCGAUUCCGGUGCAGCGAUCUAUUAUUAUUAACCAACUGCUUUAUACAAAAACUCUCCAACAUUUAGUAUUGGAUGAGAUGCCCAAAAUCCUUGAUAUUUAACCAUAUAUAUUAUAUAUGAUGCUUGUGAUGUUACCCUGAGUGUAUAUCCACACAAGCAUCAUAUUCACCUGAGAACAUUACACCAACACAGAAAAAUCAUUAUAUCAUAUAUGUACCUUACAUUGGUAUCACCUUAUUAUAUACAUUAAUUUGCGGUUAAUUUAAAGCUGCAGGGAAGACGAGUGGCCACGAACCGGAAAAGCCUGCAUUUAUACUUGAAACUACACUUCUUUGCCUUUCAUUUUCAUUGGUAUCAGGGCCCCUUUUCCAUACCAAUCGUCGUAUAUGUUUACUUAAUUUUGAGUUCCUGUUUCCAUGUCUUGAACCAUUUGUAUCUAAUAAACGACAAGAUGUAAGUGCUCCAACCAACUGAGCUACAGAGUCCAAUUGUCCGAGCGAUAAAAUACGCCAACGUUGCAUAAUGAAAGACGAAACAGAUCUGCCAUAGGACCGUGACAAGUGGCCCAUUGCUCAAAUCGAAAACGGUUGCUUCCAAGCAAUUUGCCAUCUACUGGACUUUCAUUAUCUUAGCAAAAAACCACUUCAAAGCGCUUUAUAGGGUUCACCCAGAAUGAGGCUACGUCAAUCAAGAAUUUAUGGCAACACGAGGAAAGGGCAUGGCGAAAAAGGCACUCGGUAUAUGGGGAGCGUCACAUCGCGAAAAUAAUGUGGGGGCUCUUAAGGAGGCUCCCUACAGUUUCCAAUAUAUGUCAGUGUUUUAAACUAAAACCUAUUUAAUUAAUUUGAAUCUAAAAAAAAACUAAUUUUUUGCACAAGCCAUUGUUUCCUCUUACGUAAAAGAGUAAUUUUAACCCACAAUCGCUACUCUUCACGUUGCCAUGACAACAUGACAUCACCAUCUAUAUGGCCUAUAUCAACCAAAAAAGCCGUCUUAGCGGACAAAUAACCACGGUGACCUACCUUUUUAUUGCAGAAAAUACAUUGUCAUGAAGUUUUGAACUUUUUUGAAAGUUAUUUGAAAAUCGCCAGUGUAGUUUUCGAGAAACUGAAUUUCAGCCUUUAAGAUUGCAUUUUAGCCUUUGGAAAGGCUGAAAUUCAGUUUCUCGAAAACUACACUGGCGAUUUUCAAAUAACUUUCAAAAAAGAUUCAAAACUUCAUAACAAUGUAUUUUCUGCAAUAAAAAAGGUAGGUCACCGUGGUUAUUUGUCCGCUAAGACGGCUUUUUUGGUUGAUAUAGGCCAUAUAGAUGGUGACGUCAUGUUGUCAUGGUAGCGUGAAGAGUAGCGAUUGUUGGUUAAAAUUACUCUUUUAUAUAAGAGGAAACAAUGGCUUGUGGAAAAAAUUAGAUUUUUUUAGAUUCAAAUUAAUUAAAUAGGUUUUAUUUUAAAACACUGACAUAUAUUGGAAACUGUAGGGAGCCUCCUUAAGAAGAUUGUUAAAUGUACCAUGAAAAGAUGAUGUUUUUUGCAUGAUUAAGAAUUGGGAAAAGCUGCUUGUUUGUCAUGGUUGUAGCAUUAAUCUGCAAGAACAAUUUCAUGAAAAUCAUCCUGAUCUUGAUGGCACUACUCAAUAAGUGCGCAAAUUUAAUAACAUUUUAGCUGUGCUAAAUAUAAAGCCCAAAUAAAAACUUCUUGUACAGACAUUUAUUAUAUAGUAGAGAGUGAAAUACUGAAAAAUACACAGCGAGAUAUUUUCCAUAUCUUCACUAGCGAAUAUAUCGAUCACGUGACUUUUUCCAAUUUGCUUUUGAGCGUGAAAAUUCACAAUUUUUUGGGACUACCGGGUGUCCCAAAAAAAAGUACUCCGGUUUGAUUUAUAAUAACUUCUAAACAAUUAAAGCUAUCAAACAGAAAUAACUUGCAUUAAAUAGAGGAAGGGCCAACUUAGAUUUUGAUAUAUUACAGUUGUAUUUUACUUAAAAAUUCACGGAGAUAUUAAUGUUCAAAAUCGGGAGCAUAUUUUGGGAUGUGUCUAAAAUUAGCGAAAAUCGGCAUAUCAAAUAUUUACUCCAGCGUUUGUUUGCUUAAUGACAUAUCAGGCUAACUUGUAUUUCAGCGAAUUGUCGUUAGGGUUUGUAAGGGAUAUGGCGUAGAUUUAGACAUCUUACAUGUAAGUCUUAGCUCAUUGUUUCCUGAAAUAUGAACGUUCGAAAUUAUGCAAGUAUUUAAUAGGUCUUUACAAACUUAAAGGCACAAGAAAGACCAUGCAAGGCAGACGCUUAAAUUUUUCUUAAAUAGCCUAAUUUUUUAUGUUUUUUAUGGGUUCAAAACAGAGUUCAUUAUUUCUCGGUUAGAGCAGGAUGAAUAUUAUUCUUUAAUGAGGAAAUAAUAUUGCUUUUUGCAAAUAAACAUGCAUCACAGUAUCAACGCUACUAUGUUAUACGUUUUGUUCCAAAAAUGUUGGAUGUCUCUGGGGAGUUGCUUGUUAUGUCUUAUGGAGUUGUAUGGUUUGAUUGUGUUUCAUUCUCAGUUUAUUCCGAACUUGCCAAGAUUAAGAAAAGGCAAAAGAGUUUGGGUGUUCUUAACAAGAUUUCAGAACGUUGCAGAAGUUAGAAGAGCUUCACAAUUCCAUUGUGACAGCAUGCCCUAAUUCUGAACUACGAACGAUCCAUGACGAUCCUUCGCUAUGCAGUGGUCUCAUGAAAUAAGGAAACGUAUAUAUUCGUGCUAGGAGCACAUGCGGAUUUCGGACGAAUAAAUCUUGUUUGUAUUUUGUAGAUAAUAAUACUUUGUUUCAUAAUAAACAAUUUGUCAAGUGUCAUUUAUUUACUGCAUGGUAAUAGUGCAUGUUUCAGUCGGGCAAAUCUUGAUUAAUAUUUGAUACGCCGUUUUUUGCAUAUUUCAGACACAUCCAGAAAUAUGCUCCCGAUUUUAAAUAUUAAUAUCUCCGUGCAUUUUUAAGUGAAAUACAACUGUAAUAUAUCCAAAUUUAAGUUAGUCCUUCCUCUAUUUGAUGCAAGUUAUUUCUCUUUAAAAGAUGUAUUUGUUUAGAAGUUAUUACGAAUCAAACAGGAGUACUUUUUUUUGGGACACCCGGUAUAUAAUAAACAGAAUGAUUUAUUAGAUGCAGCAGGUGUAAAAAGUCCAGUACAAGAAACUAGCAAAACGAGACAAAGAAUAUCAUCACUCAAGAAAUGGGUGUCAUUGAGAGGGAGCACUGGCGGCAAUAAGGUCCAAAGCGAAGUAUUAACAAAUAAAGAGAAAAGAAAAGUAUCCUUAACAAGUGACAAUGUAGGCUACAUCGACACGCCACCACCCUCAAGAAGAUUCUCCCCAGCAACCAAGAAAAUGUGCGGCAAGUGCGUUAUGAACAGUGAAGAACAACUUCCCGACGACCGUAGCAAAAACAAUAUCGUGUUAAAAACAAUAUUUCACUCACUCGCUGCGCUCAAUAUUGUCAAUAUUGUGUUCACCACUCGAAGAUAAAAAUCAUAUCUUCGUGCCGCCGUGUAAUAUUCUCUCUAUAUAUAACAAGACAAUUUGACAGGUCAAUUUGCCUUUUUAUUAAUAAACUAAAUUUGUAAUGUAUUUUUGUAUGCAUGUGUAAGCCAUUAUACUAUCCGCUAAUAUCGAAAAUAAUUUGUAAAAUAAUAAUUAUGCCUAAACUGCUAC